AUGUCUUCCAGUUCUUCCAUUAACUCAUCUUCCAAUCAAAUCCUUCCAGAAGAUCGACGCGAAUCUUCUGAACCGAGCUCCUCCUCUUCGAAUCCUCAUCAAUCGAACUCGUCUCAGGAAGAAAGCAACCUUCCACAGUUAGUUCGUAAGAAUUCCAAGUCAGUGGAGGCGAGCAGUAGCCGUGCUAGACCUAGAGUCGAGGCUACCGAACGUAUCGACCACGAGAUCGAGGAGGUCGAAGAACCUGAAGGAGAGGGUCAGGAAGCUGACGCCAAUGAAGCAGAAAUCGCCGAGGACAACCUUGAAGCGGUGAACCAUGCUUCACCGCCUCUUCCGAGACGAAGGGUCGUUCGCCCCAACAACGUACUGUCCUCCUCGGUUUCUUCGGGCGCUAUCCAGGCCGUGCUCGAGGAAAAUGGGCUCUUAGGUCAGGUCGCCUUCAUAAUCCCCGAAGCCGGGGAUCAGCGGUGGGACGUGCCCGAAGGCUUUCUCUGCGUCUAUCUAAAUUAUUUCACGCAGUGCAGACUCACACUUCCAAUCCCCUCUCAUCUUCUCGGGUAUUGUAAUUGGCAUGGUGUAGCUCUCUCACAAGUGAUGCCAGCCUCAGUGACGAACUAUGUGGGGUUUGUUACUUUGUGCGACGAACUCGGCCAACUUCCUUCCAGCCGAUUGUUCGAAGAUCUCUUCUCGGUGAACAUCCAUAAGUCCAAGGAAUGGUUCUUCGCUGCUAAUGCUAAGCCGAAGAAGAACAUAGUGACCGGUCCCAAACCCAGUAAAUUCAACGACUGGGAGUCCUUAUACUUUUUCCUAGAGAUGAACGAUCUCACUGUCAGCAACUCUGACAUCCCAGUUCAAUCGGAGUGGAAGAUUCCGAUUGGUAGCUCUAGACGAACUUGUCGUCAUCUCCCAAGUCUCAUCCUCAAUUCCGGACUCACCUCCGAGUUCGAAGCAACCUUCAGCGAAGCCGGCAAGCAUCGCUGGCCUGAAGUUUGGGAGGAAAUUCUCGAUCGUCGAGCUAAGAAAGCAGGUUCCGCCCGAGAACCAAAGCCACGAAAACCAAAGGCGCGAGCUAAUAGGCCCCGAGCCCCUUCUAGACGUAGGACACCGAAGCCGCAAGCUAAACGAUCCCGAGCUGCCAGAAUGCUUUCCUUGGAUGAAAUUCCCACUCUUUUUGACGAGGAAGAACCGACUGAAACGGUUCUGAACCCUAUCGCUGCCACCGACGUGGUCCAGGUGCAACCUGAGGAUCCGCAGCUCGCCGCGAACUCCCCUGACCAUGCUGGUCAGAGAAAGCUGAAAAAGAAGAAGUCUUCGAAGAAGACUAAGAGGACUGAAGAUUCCUCCCGAGCACAAGAUGCUCCUGCUGAAGCCGAGCCACCCACAGCCGUAACGUCGGAUCUUGCACUACCUCAGGAUCGAGGUGAAGCCUCUCGGUCCAGAAAAAGACAGGAAAGGGACCAGACCGAAGGAUCUCCAGGCUCAGAGCCAGCUAAAAGGGCCAAGGUUUUCUUUGACUACGACGAAGAAACCCCCUUCGAGGAGAACGUUGAUGCUUGUGCCGAACUAUACCAUAAAAUCUCGACCGAGGUCCCGAGUCUCCCAUCGGUCCCCGAGCUCCGGUUCCCUAACAUGUACAAGGGAAUCGCACGUACAACUGCUGUGCUUGCUAGCCAAACCAACAAUCUAGUUGCCGCUUACGAGGUGGCACUGUUUGACGAGCAAGUGAGGGUCACCGAGCUCGAGGAAAGGGUUACGAGAGCGGAGGAACGUCUUGCGACCGAGCCCCAAAUCAAUGAAACCUUGCACUCUUCGAUGGAGUUAUUAAAACAGGAGAGUGCGGAGCUAAAGGCGGUGAGAGCCGAAAUGACUGAGGCUCAAAAUAUGCUGGCGAGGGAGUUCGAGAAAGACCGAGAGAGGCUACGAGAAUUGGUUGCACGUUGGAAGGGCCGAGCGAGAAAAGUCCAUGACACGGCUUGCGAACGCCUGGAAAAAGUUAUCCAUAGUUUGGACGACACGGACCGUGCUCGCAAGCCGUAUUUGGUGGUCAACCAACUUACGGGAGUUCUCGGUUUCAUCAAGCAGUUGCGGAAGAAGGGCUUGUACGAGGUCCCGCCAGAAAUGGUUGCCGAUAUUGAAGCAAAACACGCCAAGGCGCUGGAGGACUUCCAUGCAAUCGAUGCUUGCGUUCUCACCGAGGAGGACAAGAGGAUGUCUCCGUUCGUGGAGGAAGAUGAUAUUCCGGUUGCGAACGUGACCCAGAGCGUGCAGGAUCCUGCGAGGGGUGAGCAGUUCGGCUCAAACGAGGACAUACUUAACGCUGCUGCUUCGAAGACCGUUUAA